UUUCUGCAGAAGACGGAGAGGCAACAACAAGAAGAAAGACAGCAAUAAAAAACAGCGAAAAAAGGUUUUCUUCAAAAUGAAGUUGUUUUUUUUGCUUGUAACUUGUUUGGUUGUGUGCAGUAAGUUAAUUCAAAGUUUAAAAUGUCCACAAGUAAGUUGUUAUGGAACGAAAAUAUGCUAGUUUUUUAUUGUUUGACUACAUUUAUUUAGGUGCGUAUGAACAAGAAGAAGAUGAAUUUAGAGUUGACUUUUCGGAUCCAGAAUCGGUAUCCAAUGCACUUCAAGAUGAUCGAUUCCAAGAAGAAUUGACGGAAGACGAAAAAGGAAUAUUUAAUAAAAUGAGUAAAGAUGAGCUAGCUGAGUUGUUAAAUCACGAUGAAGACGAGGAUGAUUUUGACAUGUUAUCCGAAGAUAAAGAAAUGGAAGAUCCUGGGUGGGGACGCCGACGUCGACGACGAUCGUCUCGCCGACGCCGACGCCGAGGAUGGUUAAGAAAAACUGCCAAAAAAGUAGGGAAAUUUAUUAAGAAGCAUGGCAAGGUCAUCAAAGGUGCUGUCAAAAAAUUGCGAAAAAAGAUUCAUACAUGCUGCAACACAUAUGGAAGUAAAUGUUACGGUAAAUGGUACUGCUUUGCUGGACACCAAAGAGGAUAACUACAUUUAACUGCUCCUGAAUCACUGAAAGGUCAAAAAUGAACGCAUUUUUAAAAAUAUAUCUGUAGCUUAGUAUUACGUACUGAAUAGUGAAUAAAUUGUCAUUGUGGAUUUGUUACCUCUCAACUUUUCUCAUGACAUUUCUCAGCGGUUUUACAUUAAAUGCGCUCUUUGUUAAAAGACCUCCCCUAAAUUGAAUUUACCGGAGUUUUAGAAAUAGCUUAAUAGAAGUCGCCAUGGAAUAAAAGUGGC